UUUUUUAGCUGUCUCAUCUUCUUUAUUUUCUACUUUAAAUGUUGCUUUUACUUGAAAAAGGAUACUUUUAUAAAAGAUAUGUAUCAAUUGCUGAAACUAAAGUAUGGCUAAUGAUGCUAUGCAAGACAGCAAGACCAAGAAUCAAAUAUUGUUCAAUUAUUUGUUAGAAAUGUCUGUAGCUUUCGCAUUUUACAAGUGAUAGGUGGUUUAGAAACUAGUUCACUUGGAAUCAUGGCCUAUAAUUUUAACCCUAGACUUCAAAAUUUAAAAGCCAAACACAGUAUUAGAAUCUUUUUUCUUUUUGAAACCAUGUAGAGGGAAAAACGCAAGAACAGUACAUCAAUCGAGGUUUAAGAAUGGACCCUUUCCGCCUAGCCGUUGUAGCCUGCAACGGCCAUCUAUCUACCACUUCAAUUGUUAUAUAUAACUUCAUAAUCUCCUUUCUGUAAAACUCCAAAGCAACCCUUAAACCCGACGCAUAUCAAUCAAAGCAUCAACCGAAAAUGACUUCCUCCAAGCUUAGAAGCUCAUUUUCAUUCCCAAACCUUCUCCUCUCUUGCUUGAGUUUCGUCCUCUUUAACCUCUCUGCAUCCUCUCUUGCUCCCAUUGCUCUCCUCAAAAUGCCUCCAGCUUCACUGGGUUUAGCAUUCCUGAUGGUCUCCUGCAUCUCCCUUCUCUCCUCCUUCGUGGGCUUCUACUCUCAGCUCACCCACUCUUGUUUCAUAACCCAUAUUUCACUUCUCCUGGCCUCCUUGAUGGGGCAAGUCCUCAGCAUACUGGCCUUAUAUACAAGAGAAAAAUCUAGCCUUUCGAUGCUGAAAUCCCCACGGGACCCAAAAGAGGCAAAGCUGUUGGUGAGAGUGGAAUGUGGGAUUUUCAUGGCAAUGUUGCUAAUGCAGUUGGUAGUGUUAGUAUUAACCUGCACUGUCCAUAACUUCUGGGUGAGGGAAUACGAAGGAUUAGAAGCAGAGAGAGAGGCAACAGCCAAGAAAAGGAGCAGAAAGGUAGCAAGAGUGCAAGAGGAAUCCAUGGCAAAUGCAGCUAAAAUUGCUGAGAUUAAAGCAAAGGAGUUUGAUGAGAAGAUGAAGAGCAAGUAUUGUCAGUGGGUGAAAACUGAUUUUGAAGGCUAAAAGGCAUGUAGUCAAUGAUUAGUGUUAAUUCUUGGUUUUCUUCUUGGGGUCACUCCUGUGGUGGCCACUGGAUUUGUAUUGCGGAGCCUAUCACUUUUUUCGGCAUGGAUUUUGAUGUGACGGGUGACUUAUAAUGAGGUUUUCUUGUGUAAUUACUUUUGAAUAUGUUGAUUAUUACCAUAUUACAUUUGUUGAUUUGGCUUCUCAUAGUACAUUUCUGAAGUU